UUUUGAAUUCCUCCACCAACGUCAGCACUCAAACUGCAAGCAGCACUUGUGUCCCCUUUAUUUUUUUAUUUCGUGCCUUGAAGAGAGCCUUGAAAAGUGCACCUCUCCCUCUUGACAUCGCUUUCAGACAAUACGGCUGGCAUCUUGGCACGCAGAAGUACUUUCACCCGCAAGGAUCGAACCCAGUAUUUCCUGCCCGUGGUGGUGACAGACAGCGGCUCCCCGGCUCUCUCCAGCACCAGCACUUUGACCAUCAGCGUGUGCAGCUGCCAGCCUGCCGGCCAUUGUCCCACAGGGGGGGUGGAGGCCCUCGCUCUGUCCAUGGGGGUCAGCCUGCAAACGUUGUUAGGGAUGUUUGUUUGCCUGGUCACACUCACAGCUCAUCUGUUGAGCUAGAGCAGUCCCAGCUCACCUCAUCCUGUUCUGUCAGUUCUCAUGCUGGUGGUGAGGAGACACAGGCGGAAACAGCAGGGGGGGCAGAGCGUGGAGGUGAAGGAGCAGGAGCUGGAGCUGCCCGAAACGGUGUCUCAGAAGGUGCUGUAUUACGGAGGUGGAGGAGCGGAGUUGGACUUCUGCCAGCCCGUUGUUCCUCUGCGUCAUCACCCCAGGAGGAGGGAGCGGCGGCUGCGGAGGGAGGACGUCAGGGCCAGUAUACGCAUGUCCCUCCGAGAGUCGCACCUCAUCGGGCCCGAGGACGACGUCUUCAAGCAGUUUAUUCUGGACCGGCUGGCAGACGCUGAUCAGGACCCGUACGUUCCCCCGUUUGACUGCCUCAGGAUCUACGCGUACGAGGGAUCUGGGUCGCCCGCAGGUUCCCUGAGUUCUUUGGAUUCAUCCGUGGUUGAGUUUGUACCUGAGCAGCCUGUUUGUAAUCCCCGACCCCCCUUAGUGAGACUCACCCCUUGGUACGGAGAGGAGGACACGACCUUCUGAGAGGCAUGUGAUUGGCUUUAGUUUUGACAUUUUAGUUUAUAUAGAUUUGCUGUGUUUUUUGGGCGCGCUGGUAGGCCAAGAUAGCUGGCUCGCUGUUCUUAGCCAAGUAACCAUAAAGCCCCAUUUCCACCAAGUUAAACAGUUUGGUUCAGCUCUGUACGUCACCACAAUAACAGAGCCGCACCAAAAUCAUCAAUUAACGUGUUUAUCGGCAGCCUUCUCUCAAACAAAGCUCGUCUUCUUAUUGAGAUAAACAUCCACAUGCCUAGAAGUAUGAAUGAGUGCCGAGUGUCCUUCGCUGUCGCUCUUUGUUUGCUGCGUAAUGUUCUUCUUCUUCGUCUUUGUGGAAUUGAUCACUACGCCACACUGUGCCACCGGUGUGACAUUGUGUUAUUUAUUCAGCGGAUGCACAUUCUGUAAAUGGCUCCAUCAGCGACGUCCCACACAACCCCACGGUGAUCGUUGUUGACUGCGCCCGCGGCGAGCUGACCCGCACUGCACCGGCUCGGUGGAAAACGAGGCACAAACGCGUCCCCGCGCCGCAAGACGUGCUGUUUUUUACUGUCUUCGUAAUUGCUGUGAGUUCACACUGCACGAGUGAGCGACAGCGGGGGGACAGCGGGAGAAGGCGCGACGAGCAUGAAAACACACGUGGUCACAAAAACACACUAACAAGGAGAAUGAUGCGUGAAGCCCGGGCUGCGUUUGGCUCCGUUUCAUGUAUCCAGAUCCACGACUGAACAUUAAGUGAAGCAGUGCUGUCUCCCCACUGUCACUUUUGUGUUUGGCUUUUUCUGUCUUUUUCUCUCGUCUCCCACGAGCCACUGUCCUGUGUCCCCGGCUGUCGGAGUCAUUUCGGAUUUGAAUCAAAUUUACACCAUGCUGGAAACGAGGUUGGGGUCUGCGAUGCGUUGGCCGUGUCUUUGAAUAUUUUCCAUUUUUGCAACUUCUGAUCACUUUCAAAAACUCGCAAAAAAAGAAUCACGUCGCGUGGACUUGGCUUUCAACUGACUGCUAAUUGUGCCCACGUCAGGGACAGAAAGUGAGUGUCUUUCACCAAAUGUCACGAUUCAUUUCGAGACCUAAAAACAACACUUGAUGUCUUGUUGUUUUUUCUCUCUGCGCCUAUUUUUAUUUUUGUGUCUGUUGUACCUGUUUAAACGUAGAUAACACGACUCACAGGGACAGAGUUGAGGCGUAUCAAACUAAUUCGUACUCCUGCAACAAGCGCUGCCAUUCAUUGUAAAAUGAAUGUAAAAAAAAAAGACGGUCACAUUUAAAACAAAGGACAGGCAGAUACUGAACUACAAAUGUUACAUGCAUACAGGUGUCCUCCUCACCUACUGGUGAUUUUUCUACAGAUGCUAAAAAUGAAAAAUGGAAAUGUAACCUUUUUGUGUCUUUGCCCUAUAUUGGUGUGUUAAUGUAGUGACUCUACAAGAACUCCAGUACUGGUUUAUGUUGGUUCAAAUGCUUUAGCGACUGUGUUACUGAGGCAGUACACGGCUGUAGGACCCUAAACUGUGGAUACUGGGGGGGACAUGUUUUCUGCAGAGGGAAAGACUGUUUUUCUGCCACCUGAGCUACUGAGGUAUAAUAUUUGACUAUGCUUGUAGUGGCUUUAACUGACCAGCGGCUUCAUAGUUUCCAGUUUAUUUGACAGCUACUUGCUGCUCAGAAAGAAAGAAAGAAAGAAAGAACCAUUAGGUGCUUAUUAAGCUGAGAGGAAAUGGAAAGCUAGGAACAAUAUCACUGAUGCAUGCAGCUUUAAACUGGUCAUUUCAGCUGCCUUAACCAGGCUUUAUGCGAGAUAAAAAAAAAUGGUGGCGGAUCAUUCAUUUUGUAGGAAUCAACUAUCAUGUUAAUUCCUUGUUUUCUUGUAUUUACAAUGAGAUAAUGUUUUGUUUUUUUUACUCGAUUCACCCACAAAGACAAUUACUGAGCGUUAAAGAGUGCAGUUAUUAUCGCGUAACAACCUUUUUUUCACCGCAUGCCUUCUGAUUUUUUUGUCGUGGUCUGACGCUGUCUGGUAAGAUUAUCAAGUGAAUCUCAUGUUUUAUAACAGUUUGUACUCUAUAUUUUUCGAGUUGUAUAAAUGAAUGGAACUCUCCGUGGUAAGUCUUCUUCCGACAGAAGUUCACGAAGGAAGGCGUCCAAUAAAUACCAAGUGUUUAACAUGUA